CGGCGUUGCUGGGGUAACGACGACCGCGUGCUGUCGAUGCAGGAAUAGUUACCAUUGAAAAAUGGCAGAAGCAGUUUUCCAUGCCCCCAAGAGGAAAAGAAGAGUUUAUGAAAGUUAUGAGUCUCCAUUGCCAAUCCCUUUUGGCCAGGACCAUGGUCCUAAGAAAGAAUUCAGAAUAUUCCGUGCUGAAAUGAUUAACAACAAUGUAAUUGUGAAGAACACAGAGGAUAUUGAGCAGCUGUAUGGGAAAGGCUAUUUUGGAAAAGGUGUUCUUUCAAGAAGCCGUCCAAACUUCACAAUUUCAGAUCCUAAGCUGGUUGCCAAAUGGAAAGAUAUGAAGACAAACAUGCCUAUAAUCACAUCAAAGAGGUAUCAGCGUAGUGUAGAAUGGGCCACAGAGCUUCUGCGUAGACAGGGGCAGGACGAGAGCACAGUGCACAGAAUCCUCAAGGAUUACACAAAGCCACUUGAGCAUCCUUGUAUAAAAAGGAAUGAAGAGGCUCACUUGCAUCAUGAGCUUAACUCUGAAGUGGUUUCCAACAUGGAAGACACAGUGGGGAGAGAGAAACUUCCUGUGAUGAAUGGAGACUCAGGAAAGUCAGGCAAUGAGGAUCGCAAUGCGCGAUCACUCUGUCUGCAGGGGGCCACUGGGCACCACCCACUAACUACAAACAGCUUUGACGAACACAUGGUAGAGGAUGCUGCACGUCUGCCCCAAGUCCACUGCUCCAGACAUGACACUCUCAUGCCUGGGGGUGGCGCUCAGCCUGAGGAGGGCAACCAGGGAGCAGGUCUCAUGUGUGCCGGAGAGAGAGGGCCCGACCAUGAGUACGUGCUCGUGGAGGAAGAGGAAGCAGUGUGUGAUGGGAACAAGAGGGAGGAUGCCCCGAGCGAGCAAUCGGUGCAAAGAAAGAGAUUGAUAUGCAGAAGAAAUCCAUACAGGAUCUCUGAGUAUUUGCAACUCACCCUAGAAGAGGCCUUCUUCCUGGUCUAUGCUCUAGGAUGUCUGAGUAUUUAUUAUGAGAAGGAGCCUUUAACAAUAGUUAAACUCUGGAACUCUUUCACUGUCAUUCAGCCCACAUUCAGGACCACCUACAUGGCCUACCAUUACUUCCGAAGCAAGGGCUGGGUGCCCAAAGUGGGACUCAAGUACGGAACAGAUUUAUUACUAUAUCGGAAAGGCCCUCCAUUUUACCAUGCAAGUUAUUCUGUCAUCAUUGAGCUAGUCGAUGACCGUUUUGAAGGCUCACUGCGCCGACCUUUCAGUUGGAAGUCACUGGCUGCCUUGAGCAGAGUUUCAGUCAAUGUCUCUAAGGAACUUAUGCUGUGCUAUUUGAUUAAACCCUCUACCAUGACCGAUAAAGAAAUGGAGUCACCAGAAUGUUUGAGAAGUAUUAAAGUUCAGGAGGUGAUUCUAAGUCGAUGGGUUUCUUCACGCGAGAGGAGCGACCAAGACGAACUUUAGUGAUUCGACCCCAGAUUUCUCAUUCAUCAACUACUUAUUGAGUGUCCUACAAUAUGCCAAGUUCAGAGCUAGAUAGAAAGUCUUCCCAUUGUAAAUGUCCAUUAAUUAAAAAAUUUUAGGGGCCGGCCCGUGGCUCACUCGGGAGAGUGUGGUGCUGACAACACCAAGUCAAGGGUCAAGAUCCCCUUACCGGUUAUCUUUUAAAAAGAAAAAAAAAAAAAAUUUAAAGGGCAUGGUGCUCCCAGCAUCAUGUUUUAAAAGAUAAAACAUUAGUGUUUUAAAAGAUAAAAUUACAUAGGGGAGAAAAAAAGAGUGCUAUGCUGGGACUACAGAUUCUUUCACUCACCGUGACUGUUGUGCCGCUGGGCCUCAGUCUGUGUCCUCAUCCAGUCAGUGGGGAGGUUGGACUGGUGAGUCCUAAGAGGACUCUUCCAGCAACAGGGAAAUCUGUUCUCUGAUUUUACCUGAAAAUGGUAAUAGUUUACAUUGAUACAGCACCCAACACUUUAUAAAGCACUUUCAUACACAGGCAUCUCUUGUUACCCACGUCUAAUCUGUUCCUGAAAGAGUGUUAGAGAACAGAUUUGGGGAUUAAAGUACCUAUGUUCCAUUAUUUAAAACGGAAAAUUAAUAAUGUGUGUGAGAUCUCAGUUUAUCCAGAAACUUUGACCAAUAACCCAAACAUUUAAAAACCCCUUUAAUAUCUGCCAAGGAUUUCUGUAUCACAGAAAGCCUUUAAAACAUCAGUUACCUAAUUGUUUAAUUCUCAGUGAACUCACUGGUGGGCAUGUGUGUAUAUAUAGAACACAACAAUAUUGUAGAAUAUUAGACAAAAAUUACAUCUUCAGUGAACUUACAAAAAUAAGCAAUGAAAUAAUAUGUUUGGAGAGAUAUAAUGAAUGCUUUUAAUAUUUGGCAAAAUACGUAAACAAUGCCUCUUUCUAAUUGAG